AUGUCCGGCGAAAACUACGUCAACCCCAACCAGCAGCGCUACCUGCGCGCCUGCAUGGUCUGCUCCAUUUUAAUUACCUACCCCCGCUUCCGCGAAGAGGGCUGCCCCAACUGCGAAGACUUCCUCCACCUCGCCGGCUCCCAGGACCAGAUCGAGAGCUGCACGUCCCAGGUCUUCGAGGGCCUCAUCUCCCUCAAGGACCCCAGCCGCUCCUGGGUCGCAAAGUGGCAGCGUCUCGACAACUACGUCAAGGGCGUCUACGCCAUCAAGGUUUCCGGCCAGCUUCCUGACGAGAUUCGCAACACGCUCGAGGAGGAAUAUAGGAUACGCUACAUUCCACGUGACGGAACCGAGACCGAGGUUGAUAACUAG